AUGACCAGGGUCAUCGUACGACGCCUUCUUAAUGUUAAACGUCUCAUUGGACGUAACUUUAGUGACGAAGUUAUUCAAUCCGAUAUAUUAAGAUCUAUUUGUUCUAUGAUCUUGGUAAAGUUAAAGGAAACCGCAGAAUCUUACCUUGCAAUAAAAGUUUCCGGUAAAAUCGCUGGUUUGAAGGUAUUACGCAUAAUUAAUGAAGCAACCACGGCGGCUAUUGCUUAUGGUUUGAAUACAAAAGCUUGUGGUGAACGAAACAUUCUUAUAUAUGAUUUAGCCGUUGCUGAUGACACACAUCUUGGCGCUUGUGAACGUGCAAAGCGUGAACUUUCAUCAUCAUUAAAACUUCGAUAG